ACGGAUCUAAAGGCAGCUUGACUCAGGGCUCUGCCAACAGCCCACGGCUGGGGCUAGGCUAUAAAACCUGCCACUGACAGAGGAGGCCCAGUGCUGCCCUGCAUUGGCCAGCCAAGCGUGCAGGCAUGACCCGAGCCGCAGAGCGGGGCCAAGGGGCUACAGGCUGGGGGUUGCGGGGAGCCCUAGUGGCCGUAGCGCUGCUGUCGGCGCUGAAUGCCGCGGGCACCGUGUUUGUGCUGUGCCAGUGGCGCGAGCUGAGCGCGGCGCUGCGGGCGCUGGAGGCUCAACGCGGCCGGGAGCAGCGCGAAGACAGCGCCUUACGCGCCUUUCUGGCGGAAUUGAGUCGAGCACCGGGCCGGGUCCCAGAGUCACCCCAAGACUCGGCGAGCGCAGCGCGCAACAAGCGCAGCCACAGCGGAGAGCCUGCGCCACACAUCCGCGCCGAGAGCCAGGAUAUGAUGAUGAUGAUGACCUACUCCAUGGUGCCGAUCCGAGUGAUGGUGGACCUGUGUAACAGCACCAAGGGCAUCUGCCUUACAGGACCACCUGGCCCACCAGGACCUCCAGGAGUUGGUGGGUUACCAGGACACAAUGGAUCAGAUGGACAGCCUGGUCUCCAGGGACCAAAAGGAGAAAAAGGAGCAAAUGGGAAGAGAGGAAAAAUGGGGUUACCUGGAGCCACGGGAAACCCAGGGGAAAAGGGAGAGAAGGGAGAUGCUGGUGAACUGGGCUCUCCUGGAAAUGAGGGCCCACCCGGGCAGAAAGGUGAAAAGGGAGACAAGGGAGAUGUGUCCAACGAUGUGCUUCUGACAGGUGCCAAAGGUGACCAAGGCCCGCCUGGCCCACCUGGACCCCCAGGGCCUCCAGGCCCACCUGGAAGCAGAAAAUCCAAAGGCCCCCGGCAACCAAACAUGUUCAACAGCCAGUGUUCAGGUGAGACGUGUGCCAUACCAAAUGAUGACACCUUGGUGGGGAAAGUCGAUGAGAAAGUAAAUGAGGACCAUUCUCCACAAACAGAAUCCACGAUCACCUCCAUUGGAAACCCAGCCCAAGUACUAAAGGUGAGAGAGACCUUUGGGACUUGGAUAAGAGAGUCUGCUAACAAGAGUGACGAGCGUAUCUGGGUAACAGAACAUUUUUCAGGAAUCAUGGUGAAGGAGUUCAAAGACCUGCAAGCUCUUCUCAACAGCAGUUUCACGCUCAUCCACCUCCCGCAUUACUUCCACGGCUGCGGGCAUGCGGUUUUCAACAACUCUCUCUACUACCACAAAGGGGGCUCCAACACCAUAGUGAGAUUUGAAUUUGGCAAAGAGACACCCCAAACGCUGAAGCUUGAAAAUGCUUUGUAUUUCGAUCGAAAAUACCUCUUUGCAAAUUCCAAGACUUACUUCAACAUAGCUGUGGACGAGAAAGGCGUCUGGAUUAUCUACGCUUCGAGUGUGGAUGGUUCAAGCAUCCUUGUGGCCCAGCUGGACGAGCAGACGUUCUCUGUGUUACAGCACAUCAACACCACGUACCCCAAAUCCAAGGCCGGCAAUGCCUUCAUAGCCCGAGGGAUCCUCUAUGUCACAGACACCAAAGAUAUGAGGGUCACGUUCGCCUUCGAUCUGCUGGGAGGAAAACAGAUCAAUGCGAACUUUGAUUUCAGAAGGUCUCCAUCUGUCCUUGCCAUGCUAUCGUACAACAUGAGGGAUCAGCACUUAUACUCAUGGGAAGACGGUCAUCUGAUGCUUUAUCCUGUGCGGUUUCCGUCGGCAGCAUCAAGUCAACGAUAGGCUGCUGCCUGUUUCUUCCUUACACUCCACGUGUUUGCUAGGGCUUCCUCCAGUCCAAGAAAGCUUGUCUGUAAAGGAUAUCCAGGCACCCGGAGCUUAGCCCAUGCCACAGGCACUUGUGCAAUCAGCGAGUCCCCUUUAAACUGGGUUGCUUAGAUAGCUACAGAUAGGAAGUGGAGAUGGCUAAGGUCUUGUGGUUCAGCAAGCUGACUCUCCUCCUUGGGCCUUCGUUUCCUCAUUGGUAAUAUGAAACAUCAGAGUAUGUUGAUAACAAUGUCCUCUACCUGCCCGAAAUUCUGGGAUUCUUGGCUGAUUGGAGGUUAGACUGCCUUCUGGUUGCAUCUCCCCCCCCCCCAACCCGGCCCCUUACAUGUAAACAAGUUUAUCUGCAGCUUGAGGGAUGAACUUAUUUGACAUCUAGAGAAAGCACACUGGCUCCUAAGGCUUCUAAGGCAACUAUGUUUUCCAUAAUUUGUUAUUUUUCUCUGAAUGUGCACCUGCCAUCACAGAAUGGUCAUUGUUUCCGGCUCCUAAGUAUAAAUCCAAGGUUAGUAAGAAUCAUGAAUAGCUGCAGGCUCAGGUCUCUACAUGAAACUACGCCCAGCCCUUCUAAGUGCCAGUCAACUUCUGAACAGUCUGUUUGUUGCUGGGGAGCGUAAACAUGGCAUCCUCAGCUCAUGGCCGCUUCUGAAAGGCUAUGGGACUGCUACCAGAGUAUUAAACACUAAGAGGGCAAUAAUCUGGUGAGAACCUUGGAAGCAGAUGGUUUUUCAGAAGAGAGGCACUGUCUGCAGUUACUCCCUAGAAUGAGGGCUGACAACUGGCUCAGAGGCCAGAGCCAGCGCAUCUCCCGUUUUUGUAAGUGGCGUCACAUUCCUGCACCUAAGAAUCACACUGCAGCCCCUGACAGCAGGAAAGGAUAGCAGCUGUGAAAACCCCCAAACAUUAUGCAACCCUUUACAGAAAGAAGGGGAAAUGCCGACCUUUAAUCUAGACACGAAGUGAACCAGGGUCCUGGAAGGGCUUACUCCCCAAGUCCCAGUCAGACGGAGAAGUGGCAUUUUAUGUGGCUUGAGUUUUGGCAGAGGGGAAGCUAAGAACAGCUUCAGAUGAAGUGAGCCUCCAGCCAGGGAGACAUUCACUCCCUAAUGGUUCUCAGGGUUGGAAAAUGAUCUAGUUUGAUUGGCUUCUAUGAACCCUUAACCAAGCAUGUUUUCUGCCAAGCCUGUCAGCCUGACACUGAGUUCCCCAGGCAGGGCCGUGGAGGUCAAGAGGGAGCUGGUACUUUCAUCCCCCCUUGAGGACAGGAAGAGAAACUACAGAAACUGACCAGGAAUGCCUGGCCCGCAAUUUGUUCCAGUGUGUGUUCUGAAAUAUUCUCAGUGGCCCUGUGACCUGGUUUCAUCUUUUUAAUAGAGGCACUUUCAGACUCGGGGUGUGCACAUUUAACUGUUUAAAUGUUCCCGACCUCUGAAAACACCCAGGCAGCUGUGAGUGGUGCCCUUGUUGAGUUGAAGUCCCGAAGCUUCUCCAUGUCUCCACUUGCUUGCUUCUGCCAGUCGACAGCUUUCAAAGAUAUUCUCUCCGAUUCAGUAAGGAGUCCUGUUUUUUCCAGUGUCUAAUGAAUGCUAUUGUUCCUUCAAAUAUUCAAAUAUGUGGUAUUGUUUCUGAGUACCGUAGACCUGAAUAUAAACAAAAUUCCCUUACUGUUACUUAGUAGUGUUGCUGAGAAUAGAUACAAUACUAAUUGUACACAUAUCACAAGCAAAAUAGUUUAGUUAUUGAAUUAUCUCACAUAGUUUCAGUAUCUGAACUAUCGUAGUCUUUUUUUGUUUGUUUUUAACAGGGUCUGUGUAUGCCUAGGCUGAUCUCAAACUCCUGAGGUCAAGUGAUCUUCCUGUGUCAGCCUCCUGAGUGAUGGGACCACAAACAGUGUCUCUUCGUCUCUCUCGAUUGUGGGUAAGGAAUCAUACACUCACUAUUAGAGAAGCUCAUGCUGAGACUUUUGUUCAUUUCUUUUCAGUAUUUUUUUUUUUGCUAUGAUACAGUAGGAAUAGAACUAGGAAGACUGACUGAUAUUUAGUGACAGUUUGUCUUUACAGAAGAAGAAUUAUGAUUUUAAUUUUUCUUGCAAACAGUACUUCAUUCUAUAUCACUCAACACACACAAGCACACCCGUGCACACACCCACACGCAUGCACACAUGCACACUCACGUGCACGCACACACACUCACGUGCACGCAUGCACACAGGUGUUUCAGGCUCACUGCUAAAAUAGGAAGCACAGCUUUGUGUUUUUAAGUCAAGAUCUUUUUUAAUCAUCCCCACUGCCACUUGUAGCCAGUGUUGUUCUAAAAGCACUUUGCAUAUCUCUGUAUGAAAUCAAAUAAUUCUUGAAUUCUUCUCAAAUCUAAAGCAGAUACCAUCCCACUAGAAACCAUACCUUCCGGCUCUAAAGGUAGGCCAGACUCUAUAUGCCCCAUCAUUUACUUUCAGCUGCUGUCGGGUUCAGCUACGGUUGCACAGGCGCCUCUGGCCUCAAUGAACCAUGAGGCAGAGGUGAUGGGAUGGGGGAGCGUUCUAGGCUGAAUGUCUCGGAUCAGUUCUGGCCUUGGGUUCCUCCAAAGUCUUUUUACUCUCAGAAUCAAAAGGUGAAAUGUCAAAUGAAAAAGCACAAUUCUUGAAACGUCGCCUCCCAGUCCUCCUCAGCGUGCUUGACCUUUGUCUGUCUGGUGUGGGGCUACCUGGAGGAGAAGUGAGGGACGGAAUUCUUCAGCUCUCAUCAGGUCUUGUUUAUUGCAUCAUUCCCAUCUGUAACCACAGAUUCCAGAUGACCAGCAAAUAACAGUUGUAAUUAGUAAAAUAAAAUUAUCCUGAGCAUAAUCACAUCUAGAAACAGGUGCGUUGCUGUUUUUACGUCUUGGUAUAUGUAUGAAACACAGCUCAGACCCACACUGAGGUAGAAGUGUGCUGGUGGUUUCUCGGUAGAGACUUUGCUGGUUCUGCCUGAACACUGGGCAAUCAUUACCACGGACUGUUCCUGCUAUAGGAAAACAUGGAAAAUGGACAAUUAGGAACCAAACCUGUUCUCGUACGUUCUCUGUUGCUAUGAUAUACACCUUGACCAAGAGCAACUUGGGGAGGUAAGGGCUUAUUUCAGUGUACACUGUAGUCCAUCAUAUAAGGAAGCCAAGGCAAGAGGAAAGAGGAUUAUGGAGGAUUCCUGUGUAAUCCUUGUGUUCAGCCAGCUUUCUCCUACAACUCAGGCCCGCAGGCACAAGUGUGGCACAGACAGUGGGCUGACCUUCUCAAGCAUCAAUCCAAACAGUUCCUCACAGGUGUGACCGUAUGCUAAUGGGAUGGAGGCGCUUCUGAGUUGGGGUUCCUUCCUCCUAGAUGUGUCAAGUUGACAACCAAGAUGAGACCCCACAGAACUGGGUACAUAGAGAUGAAAACACAGAUGACAUCAGCAGAGCAAAGUAACUAGAUUUACAUGAAUUUGGACAGGUUUCAAUUCGUUGGAAAAAGACUAAGUAUAACCUACUUUGUCGGCUAGUUUUAUGUCAGCUUGAUAUAGUGAGAAUCUUUUGAGAGGAGAGAUCUCAAUUAAGAAAAUGCUGCCAUAGAUCUGGCUGUAGGUAAGCAUGUAAGGCAUUCCUUUAGUGAUUGAUGGGGUAGGGCCUGGCCCAUGAUGGGUGAGGUCACCCCUUGGCUGGUGGAUCUGGGUUCUAUAAGAGAUAAGGCUGAGAAAAGCCAUGGGA